CACGUGUACCUAUGCGUGUAGACUGACAUGGGCGAAGCGACUUGUGUGUGUGUGGUACGACAGAACUGAAACGAAGAAGGGGAGAGAAGUUCAGUAUCUCUAUGGUCCAUACCUUUUUGAAUUAAGACAUUACUUAUUUACAAGGACUAUUCGAGAACAGUAUCGAAACAAGAGAAAUUAAAGGUGGCCUGUAGCACAGAGAGUAACAACAACACGACACAGAGCAGGGGAGACGCCAAGGGAGAAGUAGCGACCAGUUAUUUUCUCUGUUUCCCAGUCUUUUCUUGAGCGAAAGCAGCAGCAUCUCUCGAUCAGUAAAUCUGGGAGAGUCACGUUGGUCUACUUUCUUAGCGGAAUAUUAUCUCUCCCUUCUGCGGGUGGAUCCCUCGCCCUUUAGCACUUGACCGGAGGGUUUCAGCACAAACUAAUAUUUAAAAAAAAAAAACAUUUUCAAAAUUUUCAGGAGAAACAAUGUUUUCUCUCCUUCGUGUUUUAGCAACCAAUCAACCAAUCACGAUACACAACUGCAGUCACGCUAGUCCCACCUAAUCAACUGGAAAAGAUAAUUUUUCUAGAAUUAUCUUACAUUACACUUGGUGAGAGAGCUUUAUCUCAACCAAGCCUAACCAGCCUCAUCCUAACCUAUUAUGAGUUACGACGACUCAAACUCCACCCCUGGCGAUGACACUUGGGGGCGAGUGGGAAGCACCAAUGAAGAAGAGGAGGAGGCGGGAACAGGAUUGAGCUCCCCCGGCAGCAACAACAACCAUGGCAGCCAAUCGGGAACUUCGGACUUGGCCAAUCGGGUGCGAGGAUCCUCUCCAAGUGGAUCCGGCUCCGGUGGCUCGUCUGGGGGGGACCAGAGGGGUCCUAGCUCAGAUGACGGGGAAAGGGAGUCGAGUGAGGGAGGGGGCGGGUCCAGGGGACACCAGUCCAGAAGGUCCCACUGUUCCUCCAGCCAGAAGGACUCUGGCAUGAUGCUGGAGAACACAGAGAGCAACAAGAGCUCUCAGUCCCAGAGCCCGUCUCCCCCUAGCAGCUCUCUGGCCUACAGCCUGCUGUCAGCCAGCUCAGAGCAGGACCCUCCUUCCACCUCCGGCUGCAGCAGCAACGAGCAGCACCAGACGGCCCGCGUCCAGACCCAGAAGGAGAUGCUGAAAGCCCUGAAGGAGCUCAAGGUUCGCCUGCCGGCCGAGUGCAAGGGCAAAGGUCGCUCCAGCACCCUGGACGCCCUCCAGUACGCCCUGAACUGUGUGAAGCAGGUGCGAGCCAACCAGGAGUACUACCACCAGUGGGGUGUGGAGGAGUGUCACGGCUGCAGCCUGGAUCUGUCUGUAUAUACCACAGAGGAGCUGGACAACAUCGCCUCAGAGUACACCCUCAAAAAUACAGACACCUUUUCCAUGGCGGUGUCCUUCCUGACAGGCAAAGUGGUGUACAUCUCCCCGCAGGGCUCGUCCCUGCUGCGCUGCAAGCCAGAGAGGCUCCAGGGGGCCAUCUUCUCCGAACUGCUGGCUCCCCAAGACGUCAGCACCUUCUACAGCAGCACCGCCCCCUGCCACCUGCCCGCCUGGGCCACCUGCAUGGGCUCUGUGUCCCCACUGACAGACUGCACCCAGGGGAAGUCGAUGUUCUGUCGCAUCAGUGCCGACCGGGCGCAGGGAGGCGAGAUCAAAUACUACCCCUUCCGCAUGACCCCCUAUCAGCUAACCCUGAGGGACUUGGACACGUCAGACCCCCAGCCCUGCUGCUUGCUCAUCGCUGAGCGGGUACAGUCCGGAUACGAAGCUCCCAGGAUCCCUGCUGACAAGCGGAUCUUUUCCACCAGUCACAGUCCCAGCUGUCUCUUCCAGGAAGUAGAUGAAAGGGCUGUGCCGUUGUUGGGCUACCUUCCCCAGGACCUGGUGGGAAGCCCUGUACUUCUCUACCUCCACCCAGAGGACAGACCGAUCAUGGUGGCCAUACAUAGGAAGAUCCUCCAGUCUGCAGGCCAGCCCUUUGACAGUUCUCCCAUGAGGAUGUGUGCCCGCAGUGGGGAGUACGUGACCAUCGACACUAGCUGGUCCUCCUUCAUCAACCCCUGGAGCAGGAAGGUGGCCUUCAUCGUGGGCCGCCACAAAGUCCGAACCAGCCCCUUGAACGAGGACGUGUUCACCCCUCUGCGGGGCUGUGAGGGCCGCCCCGUGGCCCCAGAGAUUGUGCAGCUGAGCGAGCAGAUCCACCGUCUCCUGGUGAAGCCUGUCCACAGUGGAGGGUCGCAGGGCUACAGCAGCCUGGCCUCAAAUGGAUCCUGCUCCCACGAGCAGCAGUACCGACGCACGGCCUCCUCCGCCUCCGACAGCAAGUCCACCAACGCCAUGGAGGCCAUGGAGGCAGCCGUGGUCGCGCUGCACAAACCGAUGACGUUCCAGCAGAUCUGUAAGGACGUGUACAUGGUCAAGACCAGCGGGCAGCAGGUCUUUAUCAACUCUCACAACCGAGCCCUGUCCCGGCGACACACUGUCACAGCGCUCCGGGCCACUGGAGAAGUGGAACCCAUCAAGAGUCUGAUCCCGGAGGUGGCGUGUCCAUCCAAACCCCUGGUGUUCAACACCCAGCAGCUGAUGAAGGAGGAGCCCCCCAGUGCCUACAGCUACCAACAGAUUAACUGUCUGGACAGCAUCAUUAGGUUCUUGGACGGCUGUAACGUUAAGAGGAAGUUUGGCUCGUCCUCUGCCACGUCCGCAUCGGACGAAGAGAAACAACAGGAAACCGCUGGGAAUGAAAAAGGUGGUCCAGCUACCUCAGUCACCCUGGUUGGGGACUCAGCGGGGGUACCCCCCCUGGCCAUGCACAGCCACAAGGCGAGGAGUGUAGCCUCAGUCACCUCUCAGUGCAGCUUCAGCAGUACCAUCGUCCACGUGGGAGACAAGAAGCCCCCCGAGUCAGACGUUGUCAUGGAAAAUGCUCCUCCCACUCCUACGCCAGCCACUCCCACCACGACCAGGUCUCCACCCACCGCCAUCAUUAACCCUCCACCGCCCAAAACAACCUCUCCAUCCAGCCGGAGAGGAGGUGGCCUGACCAAGGAGGUGCUCUCUGCUCACACGCAGCAGGAGGAGCAAGCCUUCCUCUGUCGCUUCAGUGACCUGAGCCAGCUGAGGGUGAUUUCUCCAUCCUCGGCCCUGCGUUGCCCACUCCCCAACACCAACCCCCGCCGCAGAAGAGCGUGUUCCCCUGACUACCCUGCAGCUGGAGGCAGCAGUGGUCGCCGUGGAGCCAAGAGGCUGAAGAAGCAGGAGUCCUCAGAACAGAGGGGCCCUCUGGCUUUGGGCCUGACUGGACCCCUGCGGAGCCCCAACGUCGUCCCCAUGAAUUCCCCCCCCAGCUCCACCUACACCCUCUCAGUGAUGCCCAUGGGGCCUCCCACCACAUCCUCCUGGCCCGUCUCUGUAGGAUCCCAGGCCAGCCUGCCCUCUGUGCCCUACCCCUCGGGUACGCUCCCCCUGUACCCCAUCUACCCUCCUCUCUCCCAGCCCAUACAGAACCAGAUGGUGCCUCCUAUGAUGGCCCUGGUGCUGCCCAACUACAUGUUCCCACAACUUCACCCCAACCUCCCCCAGAUGACCACAGCCAUGAACACAAUGGGAAGCCUCACGCCCCAGCCGGGAGCCGCCAUGGUUACCCCCGGCCCGCAGCAGUUCUUCAACCCCGGCGCUGGUUUCCCCUUCCCCGGUACCAACGUCAUGCCAUGCCCCAUGCCUACGAUGCCCUCGCUCAUGCAAACUGCCAUGCCUAUCCAGACCCAACGGCCAGCCUCUGGGUCCAGCACCCCUCAGUCAUGUAGUCAAGUACCAGUCGACCAGGAGGGUGCAGAGUCGCCCCUCUUCCACUCUCGCUGCUCCUCCCCGCUCAACCUGCUGCAGCUUGUGGAGGAGUCGCCUAGCAACCGGCUGGAGGUCGCCACGGCGCUGGCUGCUUCCGCGCAACAAGCCACGAUCCCCUCACAAGGGACUCGGGGGAGAUCGCCAGAUGACUCCAAGGAGAACGCCAAUGAUUCCAACCAGGAUGGUGAAUCCACCCCCAGUGACCUACUGGACCUGCUCCUGCAAGAGGACUCCCGCUCAGGCUCCGCGUCCUCUGGGUCAGGUUCUGACUCCUUGGGCACUGUGUCCAACGGCUGCAGCUCCUCAGGCAGUGGAACUAGUCGCAGUCGGAGUAGCCGCACCAGCAAGUACUUUGGCAGCAUCGACUCGUCAGAGAACGACCACUGCCGCAAGCAGCCAGCAGGUGGCAGCAGAGCAGGAGGAGACGGGGAGGAGCAAUUGAUUAAGUGUGUCCUGCAGGAUCCCAUCUGGCUCCUCAUGGCCAACACCGACCACAAGGUGAUGAUGACGUACCAGCUGCCGACCAAGGACAGGGAGACGGUGCUGCGGCAGGACCGCGAGGCCCUGAGGGCCAUGCACAAACACCAGCCCCGCUUCACUGAGGACCAGAAGAGAGAACUGAGCCAGGUCCACCCCUGGAUACGUACCGGGCGCCUGCCCCGCGCCAUCAACAUCUCGGCAUGUAUGGGGUGCAAGUCUUCCCCCUUACCAGAGAGCACCGUGGACCAGGGAGGAGAGGCUCGCAGAGAAGAGGGGCACGCGGCGCACUCUGAAACACAAGGCAACGACCAGGAAAUGACAACAGAGGAGCAGGAAGUGACCUGGCCAACGGGGGAGAAGAAAGCAAGGGCUGGUGAAACCUACAUGACCCACUGAAAGGUUGAGGAGGGAUCAAGAACACUUAAGUUAUUGUGGAUGUUUCUUCCAGUCGACAGACUCCAUGCUUAAGAGAUGCAAAAUUCCAGGCCCAAAUGUCUAAUGCUAAUCUGAGAGACUCAAGACAUUUUGUUCUCAGGUGGUUGUGGGUAAUCGAAAUGCAUUCUUUUUAUAUUAGCUGGGACUGCUGCCAUGUCAGUGUCCCCAUUGGCUGGCGGUAAAAUCAAUUGGGACUCUGGGUCCAAUCAGUCGGUCUGCUUUGUGUGUUCCAUCACCAGUGGUUGUAAGAGAGACCGUCGUCAUGACAGAAAGCCUUGAAAGCACGGGGGACACAGCACAUUGUUAAAAUCAGUGUACCGUUGGAUUGUACACACCAAUAUAUAUUUUUCCUUGUGUAUUUAUUGAACAUGUUCAUUUAAUAAGAAACACUAAAGUUAAAAGUGUGAAUGUGUUAACAAAAUGGCCACUUUAUUUCACACCAAGUCUACUCCCGUUUUGGGAUAGAAUGGUUUCUCCUGUACAGUUCUAGUUCCUGUUGGGAGGAUUCAUUUCACAGGGAGAGAGGGGGACCCCUUGGUUAUUUUUCUCUGUUGGGAGGUUUUCUCUGAUUAACCAGGGAUUGUUGUAAAUUGUUUUGUUUUCUGCAUAUAUUUUUUUCACUUAAAACAAAUGCUUGUUAUAUAAGUCAGUUAUUAAGACGACAUUUACACAGGCAGGUUUACUUAAUUUUUUAAGCAGUAUGUAUAUUUUAUAUCACUGUAAAUUCUGUUUCCGAGAAGAAAUUGAAAUGGUCUGUGUUUGGUCAAAAACAAAACAUUUAGAAAGUCAAAGUACCCUCUGAUCUCAGGGGAGAGUAGACGUGAGUGUUUCUGUGGUAACACAAUGGAAUGAGGUGUCACUCUGAACAACAACGGAGUGACAGUUGAACAUGUGGGACCGCUUCCUGAUUUGCUGGGCAUUAUGGUCCAUGAAACUUUGCUGCAGACAUCUUAUCCUAUGAAAACAGUCCAGGAUACUGAACAAGGUAAAAAAAAAAAAAACUUCCAGCUUCCAUAGCAACAAAGAGAACAGACUUUUGAUUGGAGGCAUCCAUCACAAGGAUUCAGGAAUACGGAAAACCAGAUCGGCAAUGCUCUGAUUGGUUGGUUUGAAAGGAGUUUGAACAACACAGCAGAACAUUGGUCAGCUCCUAAGAGGUUUUUAGAGAAUAUCGUUGUUCGACUGUCUCGCCUCUCUUUGGCACUGUACUAGUGAUUGUGAUAUUCAGCUUAAUUUCCUAAUUAUUAUUUUGUAUUAAAAAAAAAGUAAAUAAAUGAAAUGAUAUCCAAUGA